GCGUUCGGGAGUCCUGCUGCCUGCCUGUCCCCUCACUCAGUGUCCUGUCUUGUUGCAUUUGUGUCUUUUGUUGUUUUGUGAUUUGGGCUGCAUGAUCUUAUUUAUCCCGCAGUUUUUCAUAGCUUCAUGGUGUCAUAUAGUGUCCCGUGUGCCAUGUGGUUAUUAGUGUUGUCUUGCUCAGUUCACUGUUCACUCUGCAAAUGAAGCAGGAAGGAAUUCAUGCCUUCCUUAGGCCUAUGCUAAGUGUGGCCAUCAUUGUUGAGUAUUUUCUUUCUUUCUUUCAGGACUUUUCCUCCCCUAUUUUAAUGGGAUUUCUUUAAGAUGCCACUCCUAGUUUUACAUUUUUUUCUUUUUUAGCUUAAAAUUAACUUUCUUACACGUAUUCUAAGCAGUAUCUGUUUUUGUGUAUGUCUGAGCUCUCUGUAAUCUGACUUUACCUGUGACACAGUUUUAGUGUGUUCUAGCCCACAAUGGUCACCCAGUUCAGUCUGGGAUGAGGGUCACCUCCCUUGGUCACACUCCAGGCCCCCUGCCGGGCCUUUGUCAGGCUCUCUCUGCGUGGCUUUUUUUUUUCUUUUUGUACGGAUGAUCGAACUCAUGACCACGCGCUUACAAGGCAGGCGCUUAUGCUGCCGAGCUAAAUCCCCAGCUCUGCUUGGCUUUUGCACACGUCUGUCACCAUCAAAUGCCAUUUUCAUGCCUCUCAUUAAACACAGAGGCAAAAUUAUAUGAAUCUUACCACCUUUCAAAGUACACAGAACUUUGUCUCCGUGGGCACUGCCUGCUGCGUGGAUGUGGAUGGAUUCUGCUGGAUUUGUCUCCACUCAAGCCUAAGGGGCCAGGCAAAGCAAACAGUGUACAAAUCAAGUUGCCAUGGCUGCUGUUGACAGCUUCUACCUCUUGUACAGGGAAAUCGCCAGGUCUUGCAAUUGCUACAUGGAGGCUCUGGCUUUGGUUGGAGCCUGGUAUACAGCCAGAAAAAGCAUCACUGUCGUCUGUGACUUCUACAGCCUCAUCAGACUGCAUUUUAUCCCUCGUCUGGGGAGCAGAGCAGACCUGAUCAAGCAGUACGGAAGAUGGGCCAUCGUCAGUGGUGCGACCGACGGGAUUGGAAAGGCCUAUGCUGAAGAGUUAGCAAGCCGAGGUCUCAAUAUUAUUCUAAUUAGUCGGAACGAAGAGAAGUUACAGAAUGUUGCUAAAAACAUCGCUGACACCUACAGAGUGGAAACAGAUGUUAUAGUUGCAGACUUCAGCAGAGGCCGUGAGAUCUACCAUCUGAUUCAAGAAGCUGUGAAAGACAGAGACAUUGGGAUUUUGGUAAAUAAUGUAGGCGUCUCUUAUCCCUACCCCCAGUAUUUCGCCCAGGUCUCCGAGGACAAGCUCUGGGAUAUCAUAAAUGUGAACAUUGCCGCCGCUAGUCUGAUGGUCCACAUAGUGUUGCCGGGAAUGGUGGAGAGGAAGAAAGGGGCCAUCGUCACGAUCUCUUCCGGCUCCUGCUGCAAACCCACUCCCCAGCUGGCUGCGUUUUCCGCUUCUAAGGCUUAUUUAGACCACUUCAGUAGAGCGCUGCAGUACGAGUACGCUGCUAAAGGAAUCUUCGUACAGAGUCUCAUCCCGUUCUGCGUAGCUACCAACACCACUGCUCCUCGGAGCUUUCUGCACAGAUGCUCGUGGCUGGUGCCUUCACCCAAAGUGUAUGCCCAUCAUGCCGUUUCUACCCUAGGAAUUUCCAAAAGGACCACGGGGUACUGGUCUCACUCUAUUCAGUUUCUUUUUGCACAGUAUAUGCCUGAAUGGCUCUGGGUGUGGGGCGCAAAUAUUCUCAACCGCUCAUUACGAAAGGAGGCCUUAUCCUGCACAGAUGAAUCGGGAUGAUCGGUGACAUCUGCCAACUCGUGGUAACCUGCAGUAUUCUGACAUUUGGAGAAGAACGUUUAAUUUAUUGUAUGUGUUUUCUUUCACAACUGCUGAUCUAGCAUCCUGUUGAUUCAUCGUUUGCAAAGCAGACUUUGAGAGUGCUGUGAGGAAACCUCUAGGGUCCCCUGGAUGGCACAGAGUCGAUAACAACUAAAGCAUAAAGAACUGAUGGAAGAAACCUAAAUGUCAGUGCUUUUUGCCUAAUCUGUUCAAACUUUGUGUAACUUGUGCUAGGAGCCGCAGUGACCCAGCACUUAGGAUUUGAUCUGUCAGCUCUUAGAAUUUCUGGUGUUGUUUUGUGAGGGAAAUCACCUCUUUCCCUUUGUAGAUGACUCCUGGUCUUGGUUUUCAAGUGUCGAACAGGAAAAGUACUGAAAAGUAAGGUUUCGGAGCUGAGAGGGCAGCGGUGGAUGGUGGUAUUGUAGAAGUCUGUGUGUCCUCCUGCGCAGCUCCCGUUUUGGUGUGUGUGUGUGCCUGCGUGUCGAUGCCACUUUCCCGAGCUUUCCAUAGAGAACCAUGUGUGAUAUGUGCCACGGGUGUCCGAGGAACUCUGUGUGUGAUUAAGUUACUUUAAAGGAGACUUCUUGUCAAGGCAGCGUGGAACCUGACGGAGUGUUACGAGUCUGGGUUUUUCCCCCAAACACCCAACAGGCCUGCCUGCCCCGGUGGUGUAGGCUGGCCGUGCCCAGCACUGCUUCCCGAGCUCCACAGAAUGAAAUCCUCAAUUUGGAUAUGUAAUGGGUUGCCCUCAGGCAUCUUUUGAUUUAUAAGAUAAUGUGAAUAAAUUGUGAUUUCUCAGCCUAUUAUCCAUUUUAUAACUGAAAUUGAGCCCCCUAGAGCUUUUCAAUCUGGGUUUCGUACACUUUUCUGUGCUAUCCCAUUCCAGUAGCAUUCUUGAUGUAUUUAUGAAGAGUGGUUAAAAUUUUGACAAAUUAUGUGUGUGACAUAGAUGUUGAAAUAGUAAGUUAGCAGCCCAUCUUUGGCCGUGUAAUGAAUUUACACAUUGUAGUGAACACUUCCAUUGAUGUGAAGGUAAUUAUGCACAAGCCCCCACAAUAGGAAUUAGCACUGAAACCUACUGUGAAAUAUCUUUAAUUCAGAUUCUAUAACGCAGUCAUGCUUGAGGGCCACAUACCUAGCACUUUGAAAACCUUGUCACUAUAAGAAUAUGGCAGCAUGUAGGGAUUUAAAACUGAGAACUUGAUAUUGUGACACUGACGCAGAAGGUCGGAAGUAGGUUGGAGUCAGGACUGAUUGUUUGCUUCCCCCCGCAGCGACACUUCCUGUAGCAUUUCUUCCUGUGACUUGGACACAGAAGAUCAGUGUUAAUUCCAGAGCUCUUUCACGCCUCGAUCCUGUCUUCAGAAUGUAAAAAAUGGAGAACCAAACCCUUGGAGAUCCUGGGUAACAGCACAGGUUUUGGUGGAAGUAGCUCAGAGUCCUCCUGGUUUCCGGCCACACUGAUGGAGAUUUUAUGAAUAUGUAAUAAACAGCAACUACUUCAUGUAAACCAUAAUCAGUUACUGGUAAGGUCCUGUGUUGCUACGUGAUGAGAACACGUAAACAUACAUUGUCGGCAGUGUUUUAAAUCUACCUUGGCAGGACCAGCUAAAAAUGCUUAUUGAUGCGGUUGUGGUGCGUAGUUGUCUAUAGCUUCUGUGAAAGACCAGGACUAGGAAUUUUCUUAGGUUUUCUAACUUUUAUAAAACAUUUUUGCUUUGAAGGUUCACUCGAGAGUUAAAUAGACCAUGGUGGAUAGGGUUGCUUAUUUUAAAAAUGUGGGAAAUCUGAACAUUUGAAAUGUAAUCUGUGAAUUGAAAAUGUAACAAUAAAGGAAGUUGCUUCUUUCCUCUGGAAGAGGUUUUGCUGCAAA